AUGAAUCAAGAAGCCUUACAAAAAGUCCUAAUUGAAAUGGACAAUCAACUAAACAAGUCCAGAGCAGAAUUGUCUAUGGUGAAUUUGCAAUUGGAUCGUGUACACACAAACUUGAAUGUCAUCAAGUCAACAAAUUCAAGGCUAAAUACAUUAAAUUCCCCCGAUGAAACUAUAUGGCAAGGAGUGGGUAAGGCUUUCAUUGCACAAAAAACAAAGACUUACCUUGACCAAUUGUCCGAGGAUGAAAAAGGAUAUAAGGAUACAGAGAAGAAUUUGAAAAUCAAGCAAGAUUAUCUACAAACAACGCUUGAAAAGACUGUGGACAGCAUGACCAAAAUUGUUGGUGAAAAAAAAGUAACUUAG